UAUCUACCCAAUCCCGUGCGCAAAAGAUAUUUUGGAGAGUGCACUUGGAAAAGCAGAAGCGUUUUUAAAUGACCUGAAGCGAAAAUUGUUCCCAGACAACGUCGUCGCAUCUGAAGAAACCAAGUGCACAUCGGUUUAAGAUCGAUGAUCCAAUCGGUCUUUUCAAAACCAGAAGUUUUCUGCUCGACGCGAAUCUCGCACGGCUCCGCUUGCGCAGCCUCGGACAGAAGCCGCCGAUUUCCACAGGUUGAACAGUUUUUCAUCCUCUGAAACAGUUCUAACCAUGUCUGCGUUCGCCAGUCGGACAUAAAUCUGCCGCCAAAGUCCGGUGUGGUUGCGAGGAGGAGAGGAAGAGUGUGCGCGCUCACGCUCACCAGCCUCGUCGGACCAGAGGAGGAGGAAACCUGGGAGAGAGGGGGAAGAGAAGCGUCCGUCGUCUCCAAGGAUGACUUUAGGGACGGAUAUGUCCGACAGCUCUGCUUUGUCCGAAGAUGUGGACAUCGACGUGGUUGGGGGAGACAUAUCCGUGGGAAAGGACGGAAAGUACAUCCACCACGAGUUCAACUUGGACAAUGACUCGGACGAUAAUUACUCCCAGAACGCGGCGGACAGGGUUUCCUCUCCCGGCCUCAGCAGCUCCGACUGCCCGUCAGACCAGAUGGGCUCCGGCGCAGAGGCCGGGACCGUGAUUGGGGACAAGCCCAGGAAAAGUGCACUUGUUAAGCCUCCCUAUUCCUACAUCGCCCUGAUCACGAUGGCCAUCCUGCAGAGCCCCAAGAAGCGCCUCACCCUCAGCGAGAUCUGCGAGUUCAUCAGCAACAGAUUUCCUUAUUACCGGGAGAAAUUCCCCGCGUGGCAAAAUUCCAUUCGCCACAAUCUUUCGCUCAAUGACUGCUUCGUGAAAAUUCCACGAGAGCCCGGAAACCCCGGAAAGGGCAACUACUGGACUCUCGACCCGGAUUCCGCUGACAUGUUCGACAACGGAAGCUUCUUGCGCAGGAGGAAGCGCUUCAAGAGGCACCAGAGCAACGAGAUCCUCAGGGACUCCGGUGGCUUCCUACCUGGCUUCGGAUACGGUCCCUACGGAUACAACUACGGACUUCAGCUGCAGAACUUCCACGCAGCCCACAACCCGUAUCACCCACACCACACAGGUGGCUCGUUUCCGUUCCCCAACGCCCCCUGCACCUUGCCCUCAUCAGCCUCCAUCUUCCCUGCGCCGCAUCCCCUGCCGUCGCUGUUGGGGACAGAUUUAAGAAAACCCUUUUAUCCCCAACUGAGCCCGUCUCUGCCGCCCCUCAAGACGGACUCCAGCACUUCCUCUCGGCCUUCGUUCUCCAUUGACAAUAUCAUCGGCGCCACAAACUCCACCGCUGCUUCCUACAGCGCGCAGCCGAGCAGCCAAGCUCAUAUCCUCGCCAUGUUGACCCCAGCACUUGCCUCGGCUUCAAGUCAUUUGAACCUAACACAGGACACCAUAUUACAGCCGGGGCCACAGAGCCAGACGUUCUCCAAAAACACUUGUACUUUCUAAAAAAAACAACAACACCACCAACAACAACAACAACACAAAGACGAAAAUGUGCGUCGAAAAACAUUAAUGCCAAUUGUGGCGUCAUCCUAUGUGAAGGUAGGCUGAACAUUCUUGCUGAAAUAAGAGUGUUUUGGCUCUCCAAGCUUCGUAACAAUGUAAGAGGAGAUAAAUGUUUAUUUAUGGUUUGUAAAUAUGUGUAAAAUAAUACAAUAGAAACAAGAGGGAGACUCGCGUGGAGAAGGAUCUUUUAAAACACCGCUGGCCUGGAAUCUGGCGAGUGGCCUUGACUUGUCAAUGGGAGAAGAACGAUCCUGUUAUUUUAACAUAAGUUAAAAUGGCCACCUGUGGCUACGUGGAUGUUUUUUCCGAUUUUCUAAAAGUAUAAUUGAGAAGUUUAUUAUGAUUUAUUCUGUUGUUUUUUUCUCAUUUGUGCGACGUAAGAAAAUGGCACUGUUGUUGACAUAGGCUGACAAGAGACGGCAAACUCAGGUUAUACUUAGAAAGCACACGGAGAUAAAGGAGGGACUCUGACACAAAAAUGCCCAUCGCCCACCACGUCACAUCUCCGCUAGCCUAAACGGUAAAUGUGUGACAGUAUCAUGUUAUGUUGUCGUUGGACAAGUAGGCUGUGUGGUUUUGGUCUAAAAAGAGCGCAUUACCUCUCUCAACGUUUUCAUUGUUGUUCGUUCCUAUUUCACAAUUUAUUCUGUGAAACAUACAGUAUGUCAUGUGUUGCCAAUAGACAAAAAACACCCAAAUGUUCAUAGGUCAUUUUUUUGUUGUAAUGAGAAGAAUAAUAAAUGUUUGUGAAUUAAAAAAAAAAUAUCGUUAUUAUUCAUGCUCCUC